UCUACCCGGAUCUUUAUAUAAUAAGAAAGAAUGUUGUUUUCCUCGGCAUCAGCCAAAAUCAUUUUGAGUCGCAGAACCCCUAAACUCAGCACAGCAAUUCCAUUUUCUUCGUCUAAAAAUUCAGGAUCUUGUUAUAGAAGCAGAGUACCCUUUUUCUCGUUAAGACCAGUUUCAGGAAUGGCUAGUCAAUCUAGUAAAAGUUCGAUCUAUGAUUUUACUGUCAAGGAUGCUAGAGCAAAUGAUGUGGAUCUAAGCACUUACAAAGGAAAGGCUCUUCUGAUUGUUAAUGUUGCUUCUAAAUGUGGAUUAACCAACUCGAACUACACAGAGCUAAGUCAGGUGUAUGACAAAUACAAGAAUCAAGGUCUGGAGAUAUUGGCUUUCCCAUGUAACCAGUUUGGGGGUCAGGAACCAGGAAACAAUGAGCAGAUUGUAGAGUUUGCCUGCACUCGCUUCAAGGCCGAGUAUCCCAUCUUUGACAAGGUGGACGUCAAUGGAGAAAACGCUGCACCACUUUACAAGUUCUUGAAGUCCAGCAAGGGUGGGUUUUUGGGGGACAGCAUCAAAUGGAACUUCUCCAAGUUCCUUAUUGACAAGGAAGGCCAAGUUGUUGACCGUUAUGCACCCACAACCUCCCCUCUCAGCAUUGAGAAAGACAUAAAGAAAGUGCUUGGAGUCUCUGCCUAAAUAUUUAUCCGCGGUCGGGCUUUUACAAGUACGAGAGAGAAAUCAAUCAAAUAAAUUAGACUACAUACUUUCAUGGAGAUACCCUGUAUUUUGAUGUGUUGGUGUUUUAAAGAUUUAUGUUUUAUUUCAAUGCAUCCCUGAAUUUUACAAGUACAAAUCUUUGAAAUCUUACUUAUGGAUGUGUACUUUUUAAUCGAAAUUGGAUAUAUACAUAGAUGUUUCAGAUUCUA